AUGAGCUCUCGAUUCAAGUCUCUCGGUUUUGGAACAAAGCGCAAGAGUGCGACCUCCACCACCUCCAUCACCUCCAACAGCAACAACCCCUCGUCCACCCCACCCGCGUCUGGUGCCAAUUCCUCCUCCACCAGCCUUCCCAUGAAUACCCAAAACCACCUCGGCCGUCCGCCCUCCUACACCUACACUGCCAGCGGGAGGCCCGCCAGCCCGCUGCCACCCGGCCAGCAUCAGCAGCUGGCUCACCAUCCCCCAACCUCUCUGAAUCCUGGCGCUGGCUAUCCUCAACAUGGCCACCAACUGUCCGGAGCCCCGCCGCCGCCCGGCUACGGCGGCUAUCCCCAGCACCCGCAGCACUCCAGCAUCCCACCGUCUUUGUCGCAAUACCCGUCUGGUCGGCCGCACACCGAGCUAGAAGGCGGCGCGAGAAGUAAAGCCCAACUUAUCGUUGGCAUAGAUUUCGGGACUACAUUCUCGGGUGUGGCCUAUGCAUUUGCAACAAACACUGAAGCACGAGAGGAUAUCAUAACUGAAUGGCCCGGCGCUGGCACACACACCAAACAAAAGAUCCCUACCGUAUUAUAUUACGAUCAGUACCAAAAAGUAGUAGGAUGGGGUCCGGACAUUGCUGACGCCCUGGCUCCCACUGGUUAUCCCAAACAGGGCGUGCAAAAGGUCGAAUGGUUCAAACUGCAAUUAAUGAUUUCAGGGAACACAUAUAUUGAUCCCAUUAACCUUCCUCCCUUGCCCCCGGGCAAAUCGGAGAUUGAUGUCGCUGCCGAUUAUUUAUUUAAGCUUCGCGGAGCAAUGCGAAAUCAAUUGCUAAAGACUCUCGGCGAAGUGUUCACCCGGGAAGAACGGAACAUCCGAUACUUCCUCACAGUACCAGCCAUUUGGAACGAUGCCGGAAAGGCUGCCACCCGUGCUGCUGCCAUCCAGGCGGGCUUUUUACGCGAUGAAAACGACAAUCGUCUGACUUUGAUAACGGAGCCAGAGGCAGCUGCCAUGUUCUGCGCCAAAACCGGUCUUCUCAACCUCAAAAUGCAUGACGCAAUCUUGAUUGUUGACUGUGGUGGUGGCACAGUUGACUUAAUUGCGUACGAGGUUGAAGAAGAACACCCAUUCACCGUCUGCGAGUGCACGGCUGGUUCUGGCGACUCCUGUGGCUCCACCGCCCUGAAUCGCAAUUUUAGCAACAUCUUAAGAGCAAAAAUCCGAAAAAUGAAAUUGCCCGAUGGAUCAAGAACCGCCGGGAAAGUAUAUGCAAAAUGCAUCAUGGACUUUGAAAAUAGAAUAAAGGCAGAUUUCCGGAACAAUGGCCAGAAGUGGGCCGUCGACGUUGGCAUUGAAGCUGACUUCCCCGACGCUGGAAUUGAAGAAGGCUAUAUGACGUUCACCAAUGAGGAGAUUCUUCAAUGUUUUGAGCCUGUUGUGAAUCGGAUCCUUGAGCUCGUGCGAAAUCAAAUAAUAGCCAUCCAAGCCCAAAAUCGACCUCUUCAGAACAUCCUUGUCGUUGGUGGGUUUGGAGCCUCCGAGUAUCUUUUCCAACAAAUCAAGCUUCAUGUUCCUCCACAGUAUCAAACUAAAGUUGUUCGACCAAUGGAUUCAGUUGCUGCGAUCGUGAAAGGUGCUGUUACUGCUGGUAUCACCGAACGUGUGGUUACAUCUCGUGUUGCGCGUCGUCAUUAUUUGAUGGCAACCUUGCAACCAUUCAAAGAAGGCCACCACCCUGAGCAAUACCGCGUUCCCAGUCUGGAUGGCAAAGACAGAUGCAAGUAUACUCGCCAGAUCUUUGUGCAGAAAGGCGAGAGAGUGAAGAUUGGCGAACCCGUCAAAGUGAGCUUUUUCCGCCAAGUUGCUCCUGGUGCUACUCUCAUGUAUGAGGAUAUUUUAUAUGCCUGUGACGAGGAUGUCUGCCCAGAAUACACAAAAGAUCCACGCAUCAAGGAAGUUGUUACUUUAACAUCAGAUCUUUCGCGCAAAAACCUCGAAAAAGAUUUCGAGAGAAUGGAUACUCCACAGGGUACCUUCUACCGCGUUUACUUCGAUAUUUACCUUACCCUCGAUGGCAGCGAAUUCAAUGCCGAGCUUGUCUGCCAAGGAGAGGUCAUGGGUCGGUGUUCCGCCCGCUUCCGAUAA